ACAGCUUCAUCCUAAUAUAAAAUGUACCGUAGUAAAAAGAAAUGGAGCAAUUAACAAUCAAAUAGGUAGGGAGAAUGGCAGAGCUGUUCGUGAAGCAGGCAAAGCAAUAUGCAGAAGGGAGGCCGACAUAUCCGGAAGAGCUUUUCCAUUUCAUUGCCUCAAAAACUCCCAGCCGUGAUCUGGCUUGGGAUGUCGGCACUGGUAGCGGCCAAGCAGCCAAAUCACUAGCAAGAAUCUACAAGAGCAUAGUGGCGACGGAUACGAGCGAGAAGCAACUGGAAUACGCGACGGCGCUCCCCAACGUGAGGUACGAAUGCACCCCUCCGAACAUGACCAUGCACCAGCUCCAAACCCUCAUCGGAAAAGAGUCAACCUUUGACCUGGUGACGGUGGCCCAAGCCAUGCACUGGUUUGACCUCCCGGCCUUCUUCGCCCAGGCCAAAUGGCUCCUCAAGAAACCCGACGGUGUCAUCGCCGCCUGGUGCUACACGUCACCCCGAGUCAACGCGACCUUUGACGCUCUUUUCGACAAACUUUACUACCAGGAUUUCGGGCCGUACAUGGAGAAGCGCAUAAGGCUGCUGGAUGAAGAGUACAGGACCAUCGAUUUUCCGUUCCAGGCGGUAGACGGCGGCGGCGGUGGCACCGGGCCGUUGGAAUUCAGAGCGGAGAAAGAGAUGGAUCUGGAGGGGCUUUUGACGAUGUUGAAGUCGUGGUCGCCGUACCAAACGGCCAAGGACAAAGGUGUGGAGCUGUUGGGUGAAGAUGUGGUCCGGAAACUGAGAGAGGCUUGGAAUGAAAAUGGAGAAGGUCAUAAACUUGUCGGUUUCCCUGUUUUUCUCAGAAUUGGGAAGGUGGGAACAGGGGCUGAACCAAGCGGUUAGUAGACCGUUCGAAAAUUUGAUAAUGUAAAGCACUCAAAUUAUUUUCGAUUCACCAUCUAAACUUUGAAAUACAGAUACAAGUUAAUUCGUAAUAUUAAUUGUAUUACCCGAUUUUAAAAAUAACUUGUAAUUCAUUUCUUGAUUACAUGUAGUUUAUAAUACUUCCUUCA